AAAUAUUUUCUUAGUGCUCCUCGGACUGUCGUCAAGUAUACAUCUGUACUGUGCAAAGAGAAUUUUAUUAUUUCCAUUGCGAUGUCGAAAAUUCCACACACUUUACUUCCACUUUUAAUUCUACUUCCAUGCUGCAUGUUAUGUGUACAAUGAGUGCCACGCCAAUCUGUUAUAUUUAUAAUAUAUCCAAUAUUUGAUGACGUAACAUCAUCAGCCUCACUGACAUUCAGGCACUCGUCGCGGAAAAGUGGCUUAAAAUGUAGUGAGGGGGAAUAGCCGAGAAUAUAACACUAACACUAACAGUGAGGUCAGUGUGUCGUGUCAAGUCAAAUUAUUCGAUCUGUCGUAUCUAAAGAGAUAUCAGACAAUAUACAAUUUGAAACUACAUAAGCUUAAUAACAGUACAUCGGUGUAGUCAUUGUGUCAACCACUAUAUGGACUUUUAUCAAAUUAAGCGAGGAUUUAUCUACGGAAGAACUCGACUCUUCGUGUAGCGGUUACAACAUAUACACUGGCGAUAACUCACAUAGUGAAGUAGGCAGUCUAUAUAACAUAAAUCCCCAGCAAUUUAUGUGAGGUGCGCAAAAUCAGUUAUAUACGCAACAGCAAUCGACAAUAGAGCAUACGAUGUUCUUUAGUCAUGCAACCUUCCCACAACCUGGUCGUAGAUGGUGGAGGUGACUUUGAAUAUAACAAGAAAAUAAUAGUGGAAGAUAUGUUACUUCACCUGCAUCAGAUAAAAUACACAUUCAGAAAUAAACCAGAGGUGUACUAUUGCUUAUUAGACGUAAUAAAUGAUUUUAAAUCGACAAGCAUAGAUACUCUGAAUAUUGCACAAAGCCAGUUGUAUGAGUUGUUGCUAGAACAUUUCGAGGCUAUUAUGUCCUUCGCAACCUUUUUCUCGCCCAGUUAUGAAACAGAAGAGCACUUGAACCAUCCAGAAUACGACUUCGAGGUGUCCAUCGUUUUACAUGAUUUGACAGAGACGGACAUUGCUACGUUAUCGCUAGAUCAAAAUAUUGCGGCUAGGUCAUCCAUUCUUAUAAAACGAGCAUCAUGUCUUCACAUACUGCAAAGGCUAUCCCCUACAAACUAUUCUCUAAGAAUCACUAUUCCAAACAGUAUAUUGAAUAAGGCCUCAUCUUCGUCGCCGUUAAUACCGAUAUAUACAGGAGAAAUGAGCGACUCGCACAUUACGGAUGCAUGUCCCUUUCAAAUUCCGAAUCAAUUGUCCGGCAUAACAGAGAAUAGAGGGCAGAAGCGCAAGAGAAACUGAGGGAGUUAAUUUGAGUUAAUUAUUAUAUAAACUUUAUCAAUAAAGUAAAAAUAUGAUGGUUAGAGAUGACGCGCGAGAUAUCGAAGAGAUCGACGAAAGCUUCACGCGUGUUGUAUUCUUUUCAAGAAUUAUUUCUUAUGACAACCGGACAAAGAACGUAUUCUGGAGAUAUCGCAUCAGAUGGGACAGUAGAAUUUACAGAUCAAUGACAUCUUAUAUACGCUCAUGUGGUGGUAUGCGAUCGGGUAUACAAGCAGAUAGUCAAAAAUAGCGAGUGACAGCUAGUGUGCAAAUAUUGGCGCAAAUGUUACACUUUUAUUUCAGCAGCAGGAUUAAAUAUGUUCUAACAGCGUCGAGCACGCGCGCCAAGGAAUUUCUCAGGCUUGCAAUGUACGCGAAGAAUUCACCUUCCGCAUUAGAAUCGACUUGAAAUCCGAUUCACUCCAAUAUUACUCCUUUACCUCUCUUUACUACGUUUGAACGAUAACCAUUCUUAGAUUCUUAAACAUGUAAUCUUAUUUUAUCUUAUCUAUGUAAAUACGAAUGAUGCAGUAUUUUUCGCAACACUUGGAACGAAUCUAGCCUGGAAAGGUGGAUUCUCCGCGCUUAUUGUAAAUCUGAGAUAUUCCUCGACGCGUGUGUUUGACAAUGUUAACACAUUAUUACCCUCCCGAAAUAGAAGUUAAAUCAGGCAUUAUAUCUGCGUGCUAGUCUUUAUUGGCCGUUCGCCACUUUACAUGAAUUUAUAGAUGUCGGUACACAUGUGUGAGAGUCACGAGUUACGACUGUGAUACGAAUGGAAGGAAGAACUUGAGGAUAAAAGGAGACUUACAAAUAAGUUGCAUCAGUUUUCUUGUUUUCUUAAGAAUUAAGAAGAUUAUUCAGCAGCGUUUGAGCAAUUUUUGACAGGUCCUGCUGAUUAGAAAAGAUCGCUGAAAAGUUGCUUACAUGCUCGAACAUUCUUUCUCGUCUGCCUUUUAUUGUUUUGAUUCCUCCUUCUCUUUUCUAAUCUGAGAAGAGAAUGAGAAUUCUCUUUCUAGCAAGAGGAGAGAGAGAAAGAGAAUACGUGUAUGUUUGUGUAGUCAUAAUUAUGUAACUUGCAUAAGCAACCAAAAUUUUCGGGUAAUUUUCGGGUUUUAGGCAAAUCUUAGUAUUGCGGAAUCGUAGUCUAAAUCAAUAUUAGUAUAUAAUAUUAUGGGGUUAAAAUCGUCCAUCACUUUUAAACACCAAGUCAAAACUUAAAAAGAAAAAUGCAACAUAAAUAAGAUAUAUGAAUUCCAAGGAACGCGUUUAAACUUUUAUAUCUUGACAAAAGUGAAUUUAGCUUCAGUGGACUAUGCAGAAAUCUUGAGAUGUAUCUUUUUCCGUAAUAAGUAUUUAGGUAUCUAUCUAAUUUUACUUAAUUGAUGCAGGUUCUUCUAAUCCCAUUGAAGCUCCCAUAUACGAUUGCAAUAUUACUUUGGCACAAUUAUUAUAAAUAAUACAAAGUAUUCUGUACAAAUAGGCAAUGUAUAGAAUGUUUUUACGAAUUAUGAAUGUUUUUUUUAUAAUUGACACAUUUAA